AUGGCGUCUGUGUGGUGUAAAUCGCUCGCGAAUCCUGCGGUUUUGGCCGUAUUUCUCCUGGUUCUGCUUCUUCUCCCGCCUGGAGGGGGACAGAAGAAGAAGGAGAAUCUGCUGUCGGAGAAGGUAGAGCAGAUGAUGGAGUGGUCCUCCCGCCGCUCUGUCAUUCGGAUGAAUGGGGACAAAUUCCGCCGCUUUGUGAAGGCCCCUCCCAGAAACUACUCGGUCAUUGUGAUGUUCACAGCUCUGCAGCCUCAAAGACAAUGCUCCGUGUGCAGGCAGGCCAAUGAGGAGUACCAGGUGCUUGCCAACUCGUGGCGUUACUCGUCUGCUUUUUCCAAUAAACUCUUCUUCACUGUGGUGGACUAUGACGAGGGAGCAGAUGUGUUCCAGCAGUUAAACAUGAACAGUGCACCCACCUUCAUGCAUUUCCCGGCCAAAGGAAAACCAAAGAGGGCUGAUACCUUUGACCUUCAGAGGAUAGGGUUUGCCUCAGAGCAGCUGGCCAAGUGGAUUGCUGACCGCACAGAUGUCCAGAUCCGUGUUUUCCGCCCUCCUAACUAUUCGGGAACGAUUGCGCUGGCUCUUCUGGUCUCUCUGGUCGGAGGGCUGCUGUAUCUGAGGAGGAACAACCUGGAAUUCAUUUACAACAAAACUGGAUGGGCCAUGGCUGCACUGUGCGUCGUUUUUGCCAUGACAUCUGGUCAGAUGUGGAAUCAUAUCAGAGGCCCUCCCUACGCUCACAAAAACCCGCAGAAUGGACAAGUGAGUUACAUUCACGGGAGCAGUCAAGCCCAGUUCGUAGCAGAGUCGCACAUCAUCCUUCUUCUGAACGCUGCCAUCACUAUGGGCAUGGUGUUACUGAACGAGGCGGCAACUUCCAAAGGAGACGUUGGCAAGAGAAGAAUCAUCUGCCUGGUGGGCCUUGGCCUGGUGGUGUUUUUCUUCAGCUUCCUGCUCUCCAUUUUCAGGUCCAAGUACCACGGAUAUCCUUACAGCUUUCUUAUUAAGUGA